AUGGCAGCGCCCGUCCUCCUCCCAAAUCUCGCUGCACGUUUCCAGGCACUAAUCGACUCUCUGCAAUCCAACCCAAAUAUCACCGUGAGCACAGCCGAGAUCGGCCCUCCAGCAACCCAGGCCCAAAUUCGCAGCGCUCGCAGAGCCGCACAUGGUCACCUCCCUUCUGGCCUCGAGGAAUUUUACUCCCAGGUCGGCUACUUUAAGCUGGAAUGGACCUAUACAGGACCGAAACUUCUUCCAGAGAAUCUGUCGGAAUUGCCGUCUUGGGAGCAGCAGUAUUAUGAUUACUCUGUGCCGCAGGGCCAUGUGAAUAUUAUCCCGAUUACGCAGAUUUUCGGCUCAUGGGAGGACGAUCUUUACUUUCCAGAAGACGGCGAGGGCGAGGACGAGUGCGAUCCGAAUGACCCGCCCUACGAAGAAGAUGACAAGAUGGAGGAAGAAGAGGACUGGCGCUUUCGCUUCGCACACCUCAAGCCAUUUGACCGGUUCGUCCCAGAGGCAUACACCGUCCUCGUCGGCCCGAAGAAGAAAGAUCGACCGCAAAAGUUCUCCAAUUACAUUGCGUAUCACUAUUGUGGAGAGGAACUAGUCGAGACGCGCUACACUUUUGCCGACUACGUCGAGCGCCUGCUCAUUUCUCGCGGGUACUGGUACUGGGUCAGAUCGCUCUGUCGGCUCGAUCGAGGGAGCUUGGAAGUCAAUGCGCUGAAGAGUAUCGCGCCGCAGAUAUUCCCGGAUAUGGAUUUGGGCUUGUUCGUGCCGUAA